CACAAAGUAAUAGAUUUAGGUAUAAAUAUUGUACCUAUUUAAACUAGUAGGCUAAGUUGGACUACGCAAAGACCGUUUUGUGCAAAAAUGUCUCGUGAAUAUAGAAAAUUUUCUUUAGGUGCAAACAGUAAUAUAAUUGGCAGGCGUGUGAGCUUGAAACCGUACCUGCGUAAUAAGCCAGUCCGGAUUUAUCAACCUACAUACCGACUUAAUCCAAAGAAACGCUUUGAUGCCGAGAAAAUAGAAAAAGUUCUCAAGAGGAUCGUGGAUGGGGAGUUAAUUGAGAUUGAAUACAGCGAGAAAGUAGUUCCAGAUUUAUGUUUAAACCUCGCCGAGAUGAUACGUAACGCCAUUAAAGAAGAAAACUAUGACAGGUACAGAAUCAUUGUGAGUGUGUGUAUCGGUCAAAAACGGCAGCAGAGUGUCCAUAUCUUCCAUACGUUCUUAUGGGACCACGAACGUGAUGCCUUUGCCUCGUACAAUUACGAGAAUCCCCAUAUAUUUGCUAAUGUAGUUGUCUAUGGAGUGUAUCUAGAUUAAAAAUACUAAAUAAAUCGUAAAAUUUGUCUACAAAAUGUAUAUUUGAUACAAUUAAAAAUAUUUGUUAUUGGCGUGCUCGUUCUAAUCUAGUCAUAUAAAUAAUAUAAACCUUAAACAUU